AAGCGGGGGGGGUGCUGGCUCGCCCGGGCGCAGGCAGCCCCUGCCCGGCCCCGGCAGGCAGCGGCGUUGGCCGGCGGGGAAGGGGCCCCGGCGGGGGAGGAAGCUCUGCCGCCUCCGGGGCUGGGGCCAGCGGGCUCGGCCGCCCGGGUCACCGCCGGGCUGGUGGCCGCCACCGCCCUCCUCUGCCGCUGGGAAAGGCCUCGCUGGGGCAGGCCCCUGGGGACGGACGGACGGACGGACGGACAGGGGCAGAAACGGGGACGCCGCAGCUCCAAUGCCCCCGGGGGGAUUUGGCAGUCCCCAGCAAGGUUUUGAGCCCACCCCGGCACCAUGCAUUCACUGGAGGAGCCGCUGGACCUCAAGCUGAGCAUCUCCAAGCUGCGAGCCGCCCGGGAGAAGCGGGGUGCCCCCGGCCCCCGACCCCGUGCUCCCCAGCGCCCGGACACCCCGCCGGCCGGGGAUGGCCGAGGGGGGAGCCGGGGGGGUCGCCGGGCCGUGCCGGUCUCGCCGUCCCCCGGUCUCCUGGCACACUCCAGGCUGGUGGAGCCGCGGGACGGGCGCUUCCCGGCCAUGCCGGUGGUGGACCUCAGCCUCUCGCCCCGCUCCGGCGGGGAGUCUCCGGCCGGCAGCGCCUCGCUCUCCCCCGAGCGCCAGGGCAGCGGGGACCUGCCCGGCCCCCUCACCCCCCACGAUUUCCAGUCCCUGCGAUACAUCGACGGCCUCCCCAGCUCCUUCCAGUUCUUCCUGCCGCUGGGGGCAGGGGGGGCCCUGCACCUGCCCCCUGCCGCCUUCCUGCCCCCCAGCAAGGAGAAACGCCUGCCCCCCGAGCUGCCCCUGCCCAAGCAGCUCGUCUGCCGCUGGUCCAAGUGCAACCAGUUCUUUGACCUCCUGCAAGACCUGGUGGACCACGUCAACGACUUCCACGUCAAACCCGAGAAGGACGCGGGGUACUGCUGCCACUGGGAGGGCUGCGCCCGCCACGGCAGGGGCUUCAACGCCAGGUACAAGAUGCUGAUCCACAUCCGGACGCACACUAACGAGAAGCCGCAUCGCUGCCCCACCUGUAACAAGAGCUUCUCCCGCCUGGAGAACCUGAAAAUCCACAACCGCUCGCACACAGACGCGGCGCUGUGCCGUCCCGCAGGCGAGAAGCCCUACAUCUGCCCCUACGAAGGCUGCAACAAGCGUUACUCCAACUCCAGCGACCGCUUCAAGCACACCCGCACCCACUACGUGGAGAAGCCCUACUCCUGCAAGAUGCCGGGCUGCCACAAGCGCUACACCGACCCCAGCUCCCUCCGCAAGCACAUCAAAGCCCACGGUCAUUUUGUCUCCCCCGAGCACCCGGAGAUGCUCAAGGUCCACCCGCCUCCCAAAACGCCCCUGGGUUCGGCGGAGGUGCCCUACGUUAACGGGGCGCAGCUCGUGAUCCCCAACCCCGCCGCCCUCUUCGCUCCCCCGGGGCUGCCGGCGUUGCCCAUCCCUUUGGCGCCGGCGCCCCUCGACCUCAGCGCCUUGGGCUGCGGGGCCGCGGGCGCCCUGCCCGGCCCCAUCUUGCCCCUCAACGGAGGCCCCUUGAACUUGGCCAAGAGCCCGCUGCUGCCCUCGCCCUUCGCGGCGGGGCUGGGGCUGCCCGUCAUGUCGCUGCUGGCCGGCGGGGCCAAGGCCGAGGGGGAGAAGGGCAGCGGGGCCGAGGGGCGGCCGCCCAAAGCGGGCAAAGGGCCGGAGAGCCGGAAGGAACGAGGCGAAAGGACGGAGCUGGGGCGGCCGCGGGUCCCCCCCGAGAGCCUGGCGCUGCUGCCGGGGGCCGUGCUCGACCUCUCGGCCGCCGGCGUCAGCUCGGGGGGCAGCCCCGAGGCGCUGCCGCCGGGCUGGGUGCUCAUCCCCCCCGGCUCCCUGCUGCUCAAACCCGCCGCCGUGAAUUGAGGGGGCCUGACGAUGCCCGGGGCCGGCUGCCGGCCCGGCGGGCAGAUCCCUCUCCCUGGGGAUGAACUAGGGGGGGGGGGCAACACCCCCUCCUCCCCUCCACACACCCCCCCACCCACCCUCCCCAGGGCCUCGCUCGUGCUUUUAACCAUCACGAAAGAAGAACGGACUCUUCUGAGAAAAGCAAUAAUCCCUCGGUGGCCGGAGCCGGCUGCGACCCUGUGCCGGGGGAAGCCCUGGGGCAGGCGGGGGCGGGAGGGGGGGUGUCCCCACUACUCCCCCCCCCCCCCCCAGCUUGGGCAGCCGGAUACGCCGCUAUUUAUUUCUUGACCAGCCCCCUGCUCUGACAGGGUCCUGCUUGGGCUCAUCCGCUGCCGCUGACUCGGCGUCUCCCUGCCCGAAGCCUUGGCACUGCUGUUGGGGGUGUGGGGGGGUCCCACAUUCCCCCACCCUCCCACCGCAGGGACAGCGGGGUGACAGCUCGGGGUCCGGCCGUGCCAUCCAACCCCGCCUGGCCGGCACGGCUGCGGGCAGCGCCGCAGCCACGGCACCUGGGUGCCGGGCCCAGCUGGCUGGGCACACGCCGGCCCGCUGCCCGCCCACAUCCCUCCCGCUCCGCGGCCACCCUUCGUCCCCCCCACCGCCGGCUUCCCCCCCCCCCCGACCGCUCUCCGUGACAAGGCACGCGUGUGCCGCUCGCCGCGCCGGCUCCACGCCGGGGCAGAGCCACCCUGUUUAGCUACUACGUUUUCAUACCUAACCACGUACCGCGAGCGCAUGCGGGCAGCAGGCAGCGGUGGGCAGGGCACCCGCUCCCCACCGAGGCUCCCCGGUGAGCCCCCCCCCCCCCCCCCUUCCCGGGGGUCCCCCACGUACCUCCGGCUGCCGGGCAGGACCCCCGCCCAUGGCUUUUUUUCCAAAACCAGGGGGGUGGCGGCUGGGGGGGGGGGGGGUGCCCCCCAUCCCGCCCCCUCCCCGCUGGAAGGAGCCCCCCCGCCGCGCACGCCCCGCGGGGAGCCGGUCUCCCUGCCCUCACCCUCCCGGGGCCGGGGCGCGGCGGCCGCCCGGCGCUGCCACAACCCCAGCAUGGCCGCGGGCCCUCGACCAGGCCGCCCCGGCCGGUGUACGGUGUACGUCUCCUCGCUCCUUUGUCGGUUUGUUGUUGCACAUUCCAGGACAUCAGUAUUUUAACGGUCUCGAAGUGCCUUUCUAUCGUAGUUUCUGGGUUGUUUUUAUUUUCCUCCUGUUGGGCUCCAUCGCUGUUAGCAUAGCGUUUAAGGACUGCAGAAGUAAGAGAUAAGCUAACGACUAUAACACUAUAUUCCUCCAGGGGAGAGGAAGUUUAUUAAGAAAACAAUAAAGUGAAGUUGAAGUAA